AUGCAGGUCUGCGCCCUGCCCGGGGAAGCGGAGUCUUUGGCCGUGUCGGACUACACCGACACUUCGGUGGUGCUGACCUGGGCGGCGCCGUCGGAUACUGGCUGCUCGGGCGCCCGCAUCACCGGCUACCAGGUGUACAUGGCGCAGGGGGCAAACCCGUACUCGCUGGUCCACGAGGCCGGGCCCUCGGUGCUCUCGCUGACGCAGUACGGGCUGAGCGCCGGGCAGUCGUACUACUUCAAGGUGUUCGUGUGCAAUGCGGACGGCUGCGAGGUGGGAACCCCCGCGAACGGCCUGCUCUUUGAGGCUGGGGAGGCCCCAGUGUACGCCGAAGACCCCAUCGCGCUCGUGGAGGCCACGCAGACCUCCAUAGAGGUCAGCUGGACAACAGCACCCACGAGCUCGCUGACCGUCACAGGGUUCAGGCUGUGGUACGACGCGGGCGACCCGACCGGCUCCCCGAACACCCUGAUCUAUGACGGCACGGCCACAUCUCACAAGCAGGACAACCCCGCGCUCAUCACGGGGUCGACCUACCGCUUCCAGGUGCAGGCGGAGAACGCGAACGGCUGGGGGCCGCGCAGCGGCAUCGUGUCCUUCGUGGCAUCGGAGGGGCCUGGGGUGCCACUCAACCUCGCGUAUUACUCCUCGACGUUGCAGACCCUGGAGGUGCAGUGGGAUGCGCCGGCGGCGCUGCACACGUUGGAGGCCAGCCUCAUCAGCUAUGAGGUCCAGUGGAGUGACCAGACGACGAAUUCCGAGACCGAGGUCUUUACCACUUCACCCGCGUUCAGGUACGGGGGCCCCGCCGUGCCGCUCUCCGCUGGCCACACCUACCGCUUCGAGGUGCGAGCUUGCAGCCUCAAUGGUUGCGGCGACUGGACCAGCAAGCUGGACCUCGUCUGCGGCGCGCUGCCAGAAGCGCCGUCGUCGCCUUUCGUGGUCUCGUCGACGGCCACGGAGAUCACCAUCGGUUGGAGCUACGCAGGUAGAGACAACGGUGGCGUGGCCUUGUCGCAGUACAGCGUGCAGGUGUCGGCCGACGGUGGAGACACCUACACGCACGCGGGCUACACCGCAGAUGCGUCCAUCAACAGCUUCACCUAUUCCUGUGGCGCUCAGCAGACUUUCUACUUCAAGGCUGCCCGCGCUGAUGUAGAGAAGGGAGCUACGUGA